AAUCGUCUUUCUUUUCAAAGGCGGAGUUUGUACAAGGAAAACCCUUUCUGCUGUUUCAAACGCUAGAAAUGGGAGGCCAGGUAUCAAGAACGGAUUUUGAAUGGUCUUAUACAGAAGAACCUCACGCUACUAGAAGAAAAGAAAUUUUAAAAAAAUACCCAGAGAUUAAAAAGCUUAUGGUGGUGGAUUACCAAUUCAAAUACGUCGUAAUUAGCCUGGUUUUUAUUCAGUUCAUUGCUGCAUAUUUGGUAGGAAAAUAUGCUAACUGGCCUGCAGUGUUUAUACUGGCAUAUUGUUUUGGUGGUGUCAUAAACCAUGCAUUGCUUCUGGCUAUCCAUGAAAUAUCACAUAAUGCAGGAUUUGGUUAUUCAAAGCCAUGGCACAACAGAAUCCUGGGGAUGAUUGCUAACCUACCUAUCGGUGUUCCAUGCACAUUCUCGUUCAAAAAGUACCAUCUAGAACACCACCGUUACCAAGGACAGGAUGUUCUAGAUGUUGACUUACCCAGCGAGAUGGAAACCAGGCUAUUUACCAACACCCUCACAAAGUUCUUCUGGGUAAUAAUGCAACCAUUUUUCUACACAAUCCGGCCAUUGUUUGUCAACCCCAAACCACCUCUACCAAUGGAAAUAUUUAAUUUUGUCAGCCAAUUUGGAGUUGAUGUUCUGAUAGUUUACCUCUUUGGUGCCAAAGCCUUGGUCUACCUGAUUGCUGCCAGUUUAUUGGGUAUGGGUUUACACCCAGUUGCAGGUCAUUUCAUCUCAGAACACUAUAUGUUUAAGAAAGGAUUUGAAACAUACUCCUACUAUGGUCCUCUUAAUAUGGUGACAUUUAACGUGGGUUAUCAUAACGAACAUCAUGACUUCCCAAACAUUCCAGGGUCGUUACUUCCAAAAGUACGAGAGAUUGCACCAGAGUUUUACAACGCAUUACCACACCAUACCUCCUGGGUCAAAGUUUUAUAUGAUUUUAUAACAGACCCAGCCAUUGGUCCUUAUGCAAGAGUAAAACGCAAACAAGCUUUGAACAACCUCAAAAAUGGAAAAAGUGUUGAACCAAUUGAGGAGAAAAGUAACUGAACACACAAAAAAAAUUUCAAAAAUAAUAAUACCAUCUGUAAACCACCACUGUUUGAAAGUAGGUUACACACUAGGCUUUUGCCUUUGGUACAUUUUUGUCCACUUUGAACUUUACCUCUUGAAUGUGAAAGUUUUUUCACACUUUCCUAGUUUAUUUCAGAUGUUUAAAACUUGCUAAUGAAUGAUAUAAAGGUUUGCAUUUAAAUGCACAUAUAUAGCAUGUUAUAAAUUUUAGCCGAAAUUAAUUAUUCAAAUACAAUAACUGUAAAUCUUUGCACAAUAAAACUUGUUUUGUAAUUGUCA